GGAAAAUAUUAAAAACAAGAAUUAAUAAAAUUGAUUAUUAGAUAAAUUUUGUUAUUAUGAGUGAGUAACCUGAUAUUGAUAAACUUGAUAGUAAUUUUAAGUAAGUAUGCCAUCAGGCUGCAUAGUUAUCCUCCUCCAGAUGGUAAUCUGUAGGCAAUAUAAAUAGGAUAACCGAUACAAGCAACACAUUGGUAGAACAAUCAACUGAAUUUUUGUUUAAUAAGGGAAUAUUCCAUAAUAUAUACCUGCAAUACCUACCAUCUAGGAUCCAAGUGCUUUAUAAUAUAAGAAUUUUGGUAAGAUAAAAGACUUAUAUUUUUAGGAGAAUUUGAUAAAGAGCAUGUACCUCCUUAUAAUUUAAUAUUAGAUGUCCUGAGUGUAAAGGCAUGAUAUAAACUAAGUUAACAUAUGUUUCUGGAUGUCUUUCUAUUAGUUUAUGUAUAUUAAUGUGCGCUUAAGGAUUAUUUUAUGGGUAUUAUUUUAAUGAUUGGUUCUUAAUUAGUUGUUGUUUCAUACCCUUCUGUAUGA